GAGAAGAGAGGAGAGGAGAGAGGAAAAAACUUAUCUGCCCCCCUAAUCUCCCUUACCCCGGUCUCGUGAUAGAUAACCACCCCCCUUCUCUCCGCGCCGCCGCCGCCGCCGCCGCGGCGCCCGCGCGACCCCUCGCCGCCCCCGCCCCUCCGGCGAUCACCGCAGCCCGCCCCCCGCCUCCGAUCCGAUUUUCCCCGCGAAAAUCACAGGAACACCGCAAAAAAUCCCCAGGAAUCCGCCGUGUUCCCACUUUUUGAAUAAAUCGCACGGGUGUUUCCGCUGCCCCGCCCAACCGCCGUGCUCCCCCGCGCGGCCGCCGGCGCCGGCGAUCGCAUCUGGCAAUAACCGUCCCCGUCGGGCCAACCCCGCCUCCUCGCGGCCCGAACCUCCGCGCCCUGCCGGGAAGACCACGGCGCGCGGCCUCCCCCUCGCCCGACGCGGCACGAGGGAGCGGUAGACUGCUGAAGUGUUCCGAGUUUCUUCAUGUUGUGUUGUCAUAAAUUGUGAUGGCAUUCUUCAGCAAUUCUGGGAGCAGGGCUGAUUCGGGAGGGUACAACUUGAAUGAGAAGGCUGAUGAUGAAGGCGCAUAUGAGUCAGUCAGGGAUAGGGACGCCGACUUGAGCUCUGGCCAGUUGAACUUGAAUGAGAAGGCUGAUGAUGCCUACCACAGUGAGGAGGAGCAAUACGAAGCUGGCCAGUCAGGUCUGAACCCUUCUGAGAUUAAAUCAGGGCAGAAUGCCCAGAGAGCAGGUGGCCCUUCUGGCUCAUGGGGUACAAACUUUUUGAAGGACUGCAGAUCCACGGAAGGGGAAGAACCCUCAAAUAGUGAUAGGGGAAUGGAAGACGGGUCUGCGGCUAGCUCACAUGAUGACAUGGAUGGUAGUGGAGAUGAUGAUGAGCUAAACAGAGGGCACGGGGAUGUGCCCGCUGAGGAAAUGCUUUCUGAUGACUACUAUGAGCAGGACAGGGAGGAGCAGAGUGAUUCGUUGAAUCGUCGUGGGAUGAGCCACCCAAGCUGUUCCACUUCUGGGGUCGCAUCAAAAUCUGUACCCUCAAGGCAAAAGAAGAAGUCGACAAAGGGCAGUGCUUAUGACGACGAUGAUGAUGCAUAUAAUGAUGAGAAUGACGAUGACGACGAUGAUGAAGAUGAUGCAGACGAAGAUGAUCCAGAUGAUGUGGAUUUUGAGCCAGACAGUGAAACCGACAAGGCUGCUGUUAAGGAGAAGCUUGUGGACAGUGAGAACUCAGGCGAAGAAGAAGAAGAUGAUGAUGAGCUUGGGCUCUCGGAUGAUGAUGAUGAUUUUAUUGAUAGCAGGAGGCAAUCGAAACGACUUAAGGUCGGAGGGACUAAAACUUCCCAGCGAAAAAAGCUUCCUAUGCAGGCUCCACGCAAGCGAGGUGUAUCUUUCACAGACGAAGAAUAUUCUUCAGGAAAAGACUCAGAUGCACCCAAUAGUCCUGAUUUUAGUCAUCGAUUGAAAAAACCUGUCAGGUUGCAUCUGAAAACUGUGGGCCAUAAUGAUGUUUCCUCAAAUGUCAAUUCCCAUAACGAAUCCCGAACUUCUGGGAGGAGGAGGACACAGAGAAAUAUCUCAUAUGCUGAAAGUGACAGUGACGAUAGUGAGGAGAAGUCAACUAAAAAACAAAAGCUCUUGAAGGAGGAUCAAGAUGAAGAAGAUGGAGAAACAAUUGAAAGGGUCAUUUGGUAUCAGCCAAAGGGUGUCGCUGAGGAUGCACUCAGGAAUGGUCAAUCGGCUCAACCUACUGUUAUGAGCAUGCCAUCAGAUUUUGAUCAACAAUGGGAUGAUGUAGAGUUCUACAUAAAAUGGAAAGGGCAGUCUUACUUACAUUGUCAGUGGAAGACAUUAUCCGAGCUUCGUAGUGUUAGUGGAUUUAAAAAAGUUCUAAAUUACAUGAAAAGAGUGUCCGAGGAGCAGAGGUACAAGAGGUCACUAUCACGCGAAGAGGUUGAGGUGCAUGAUGUAGGCAAGGAAAUGGAGUUGGACCUUAUUAAGCAAUAUAGCCAGGUUGAACGGGUAUUUGCUGAUAGGGCAACCAAAGUGGAUGGGGAUGUUGUGGUGCCAGAAUAUUUAGUCAAAUGGCAGGGACUUCCUUACGCAGAAUCGACCUGGGAAAAAGAUACAGAAAUUGAAUUUGCUCAAGAAGCAAUAGAUGAAUACAGGGCCCGUGAAGUUGCCACUGCAAUACUGGGGAAAACAGUUGAUUUCCAAAGGAAGAAAAGCAAAGCUAGUUUGAGAAGGCUUGAUGAUCAACCAGAAUGGCUAAAAGGAGGUAAACUGCGUGAUUAUCAGCUUGAAGGCCUAAACUUUCUCGUUAAUGGGUGGAGAAAUGACACUAAUGUUAUUCUUGCCGAUGAGAUGGGUCUGGGAAAAACCAUUCAAUCUGUUUCCAUGCUUGGCUUCCUUCAUAAUGCUCAAGAAAUUAAUGGACCAUUUCUUGUCGUUGUGCCGCUCUCAACAUUGUCAAAUUGGGCAAAAGAAUUUCGGAAGUGGCUACCUGACAUGAAUGUUGUAAUUUAUGUCGGAAAUCGUGCUAGCAGAGAGAUGUGUCAGCAGCAUGAGUUCUUUACAAAUAAGAAGGGUGGACGGCAUGUAAAAUUCCAUACUUUGAUAACUACUUAUGAGGUGAUACUUAAGGACAAAGCCGUCCUUUCAAAAAUCAAAUGGAGUUAUCUUAUGGUUGAUGAAGCCCACCGUUUGAAGAAUUCUGAAGCAUCACUGUAUAUUGCUCUUUUGGAGUUCAGCACCAAAAAUAAGCUGCUAAUAACUGGGACCCCUUUGCAGAACAGUGUUGAAGAGCUUUGGGCACUACUUCAUUUCCUUGAUCCAGUCAAAUUUAACAGCAAGGAUACUUUUGUUGAGAGAUACAAAAAUUUGAGUUCGUUUAAUGAAACUGAGCUUGCAAAUCUUCACAUGGAAUUGAGGCCCCAUAUUUUAAGGCGAGUUAUUAAAGAUGUCGAGAAGUCUUUACCUCCAAAAAUUGAGCGAAUUCUUCGUAUCGAAAUGUCUCCUCUACAGAAACAAUAUUACAAGUGGAUUCUAGAGCGGAAUUUUCAGAAUCUGAAUAAAGGAGUUCGCGGGAAUCAGGUCUCACUUUUGAAUGUUGUCGUUGAGUUAAAGAAGUGUUGCAACCAUCCAUUCUUGUUUGAAAGUGCUGAUCAUGGUUAUGGUGGAGAUAGCAUUGGUGAUCGCAAUAAAGUUGAACGCAUUGUUAUGAGUAGUGGGAAGUUGGUUUUGUUGGACAAGCUACUGUUGAGACUGCGGGAGACUAACCACCGUGUGCUUAUAUUCUCCCAGAUGGUGAGGAUGCUGGACAUCCUUUCUGAGUACCUAUCCCUUCGAGGCUUCCAGUUUCAGAGGCUUGAUGGCAGUACAAGAGCGGAUCUUCGUCACCAGGCCAUGGAACAUUUUAAUGCUCCUGGAAGCGAUGAUUUUUGUUUCCUUCUGUCUACACGUGCUGGUGGACUUGGGAUUAAUCUUGCAACAGCGGAUACGGUGAUAAUUUUUGAUUCAGAUUGGAAUCCUCAAAAUGAUCUACAGGCAAUGAGUAGGGCACAUAGGAUUGGGCAACAAGAUACUGUCAACAUCUAUCGAUUUGUCACUUGCAAAAGUGUUGAAGAGGAUAUAUUGGAGCGGGCAAAGAAAAAAAUGGUUCUUGAUCACUUGGUGAUUCAGAAGCUGAAUGCUGAGGGCAGACUCGAGAAGAAAGAAACCAAAAAGGGUGGCUCCAUGUUUGAUAAGAAUGAGCUUUCGGCCAUACUGAGGUUUGGGGCAGAGGAGUUGUUCAAAGAAGAGAAGACUGAUGAAGAGACCAAGAGGAAGCUUGAAAGCAUGGACAUUGAUGAAAUUCUUGAGAGAGCUGAGAAAGUUGAAACGAAGGCUGCUGAAGGGGAAGAAGGAAAUGAGCUUCUUAGUGCUUUCAAGGUUGCUAAUUUUUCCAGCGGUGAGGAUGAUGCCUCAUUCUGGAGUAGACUAAUACAACCAGAUCCUGAAGAUAUGGGUCAGGAAACUUUAGCACCUCGUGCUGCACGGAAUAAAAAGAGCUAUGUUGAAGAUCACCAACUUGACAAAAAUAGCAGCAGGAAAAGGCGAGCGGUUGACGCACAAGAAAAGCCAAGAAGGCGUUCCAGCAGAACAGUCGACACAAUCGUUUCGUUACCAUUUAUUGAUGGAGCAGUUGCUCAAGUACGGAACUGGUCAUUUGGAAAUAUGCCUAAGAAGGAUGCCUCCCGCUUUGUUCGAGCGGUUAAAAAGUUUGGAAAUCCAAGCCAAAUUGGCUUAAUUGUGGAUGAUGUUGGUGGUGCAAUAGCAAAGGCUCCAUGUGAAGCACAAAUUGAGCUGUAUGAUUUGCUCAUUGAUGGCUGUCAGGAAGCUGUGAAAGAGAACACAGACAUCAAGGGCACAGUGUUGGAUUUUUUUGGUGUACCAGUGAAGGCCUAUGAGUUGUUGGCUCGUGUUGAAGAGCUUCAUUGCUUGGCAAAGCGCAUCGCACGUUACAAAGAUCCAGUUAGACAAUACCGGAUCCAAUCACCUUACAAAAAGCCACAGUGGUCAGCAAGCUGUGGAUGGAUUGAAACUGAUGAUGCAAGAUUGCUGCUUGGAAUUCACUGGCAUGGUUAUGGAAACUGGGAGAAGAUACGGUUGGAUCCAAAGCUUGGUCUGACAACAAAAAUUGCACCAGCAACACUUGGUGAGAGAGAAACAUUUUUACCACGGGCGCCAAAUUUGGAUAAUCGUGCUAGUGCUCUCCUGCAAAAGGAAUAUGCCAAUCUGAGUGGAAAGAGCUCAAAAGCCAAAGGAGGAGCUAGCCAAAAAGUCAAUAAUGAAAAUGGUAGUGCUCGAUCUUUUAAAGGCCGACAAAAAGAUGCAAAACCACAAGAGGAUAUUAAGUCAAACAAAGAUGACAUUAGGAAACGCAAGGUGGUGGAAGAAGCUGAAGCAAGAGAAGAGGGUGAAAUUUCAGAGUCUGAAGAACAGAUUAAAUAUCGUUUGGAAAAGGAAGGAAAGUGGCUGGAAUGGUGCUCUGAAGCUUUGGAUGAAGAGCAGGACAUAUUGAAACGACUGGAUAGGCUACAGAAUACAAGUGUAAAUCUUCCGAAGGAAAAGGUUCUUUCAAGAAUUCGCCGGUACCUCCAGAUAAUCGGUGAAAAGAUUGGAAAAGUCGUUGCCCAACAUGUAGAAUCGUACAAGCAGUCCCGUAUGACCACAAGAUUAUGGAAUUAUGUGGCAACCUUUUCAAAUAUGUCUGGGGAGCAAUUGCGCGAUCUCUAUUUAAAACUUAGUCAGGACCAAAUGGAAGCUGGAGCCGGCCCCUCACAUGGGGGCAAUUUUGCACCCGCUCCUCCUAACAGAGGUUCUUCAAAUCAGCCUCAUCCUCCUAGAAACCAAAGGCCAACAAGGUCUUUCCAGCACACUCCAGAGCCUCUUAAUAAUGGUGAAAACACUGGGAAUUCGGAAGCCUGGAAGCGUCGGAGGAGAGCUGAUCAGGAUAAUCAGUUUGACAACCAACCUAUUUAUCCACCUCCUCCAAUUAUGGCAAAUGGUAACAGGUCGCAGGAAUCUAGCAGUUCUGCUGGUAUUCUUGGUUGGGGUCCAGUUGAAAUGAGACGAUAUGGCAAUGACAGACCUAAGAGAGGUGUUCAUCCCAGUCGUUUUCCUGCCGGGCAUGGGCCUUUGCUUUAGCUGAAGUAGUCAGCUUUGUCAAUUCCUAGGAGUCUUCAGCUUCUAUAUGCAGGUAGAAGUGGAGAAUUGGAAUUCUUUUUAGGCAAGACAAAAUAAUAAGCUGUCAAUAUCUUGUCUGGAUCACAGCUUGGAGUCUGUGCCUCUGAAGAAACAGCAGAUGUGAACAGAAGAUUCCUGACACUGAAACAAAUAUAUGGGUCUUGUAAACCGCCAAGAGGAAGAGUCUCAGAAAAUUUUGUCGGUCCAGUUUUGUGGUCUAAUAGAAGAAAAUUUCCGUUGGGGUCUUUAAGAAGGUUCAUCUCAAACAAAUGAUCUAUAGUUCAGCCUCAAUACAUGUACGGUCUUUUACAGUGCAUUUAUAUAUAAUGAAAAUUUGGUUUAGUUGGACA